AUAAUUUUUGACAACGUCAGCUAGCUGCAUAGUGAUUGUACCAGAUUGUACUGAUUAUUAUUGAUAAGCUUAUCUAGAAACGAUUGUAUCUUGGACUUUCUUUACACCUAUUAUCACUCGAGCUAAACACACGUAAAAGUGCAAUAAUGUCGUCAACACAUAUUUUCAAUGUGGAAAUGACUUGUGAGGGGUGCUCAGGUGCUGUAGAAAGAGUACUGAAUAGAUUAAAAGGGCAGGGUGUGGAUAAUGUAUCAAUAAGUUUACCAGAACAGAAGGUGUCAGUCACAUCCACACUAAGUGCUGACCAGUUAUUGGAUGUAAUUAAGAAAACUGGCAAGAAAACAACGUAUGUGGGGACACAAUAGUUCUGAUAAGAAAACUUUACCAUAGUAAUAGAUAAGUGCAGAAUGCCAGACAUAAUUUGUUCUAUCAUGUAAUUGUGUAAUUUUAAUAUCUCCAAAUUAGAGGCUAUGAGAGUGCCUUGGGCCAAAAGUUGACAACAUUAUCAUACUUUCUUUGAAUAAAUUUGUAUUGAUAUUAUAUUUUUAUGGUUGUAUUAUGUAUAUUAAUUUUAAAUUGAUGUUAUUUGUAUAUUGAAUGAAUAACUAUUACAGUAUUUUAAUAAGACAGUUUUAUAAUAAAACGUUUAUAUAAUAA